GGGGCCGGCCGCCUGUCAGAGGGAGGUGGCGAUGGUGCGCCCGGUGGCGGUGGCGGCUGCGGCGGCUUCCCUAGUCCGAGCGCAGGGAGGAGAAGAUGACUGACCGACCGACUGAAGGACUGAAUGAAUGAAUGGCGGAGCCGAGCGCGCCAUGAGGAGCCUGCCGAGCCUGGGCGCCCUCGCCCUGUUGUGCUGCGCCGCCGCCGCCGCCGCCGCCGCCGCCGCCGCCGCCGCCUCAACAACCUCGGCGGGGAAUGUCACCGGUGGCGGCGGGGCCGCGGGGCAGGUGGACGCGUCUCCAGGCCCGGGGCUAGGGGGCGAGCCCAGUCGCCCUUUCUCUAAGGCGACGACUCCCACGGCCCAGGCCCCGAGGACCGGAGCGCCGCGCACUACUGUCCACCAGCCCCUGGCUGCGUCCUCGUCAGCCCAAUCCCCGGAGACCACCCCUCCUCGGGCGACGGCCGGACCCGCCACGACCACCUUCCAGGCGCCGCUCAGCCCCUCGCCGACCGCCCCUCCGGCGGUGGACCGUACUCCGACCACCCCUCGCGCGACAACCAGACCCGCGCCGACCACCCUCUCGACGAGCACUGGCCCGGCGCCGACCACCCCCGUUGCGACCACCAUCCCGGCGCCCACCACUCGGCUGAGCCCGACCCCCGAGCUCCCCGGCGGCAGCAGCGUCCCGCCCACCCCACCUGCCACCGAGGCCCCCUCUCCCCCUCCCCCAGAUGAUGCAUGUAACUGCUCUGUGGUGGGAAGCCUGGACGUGAAUCGCUGCAACCAAACCACAGGGCAAUGUGAGUGUUGGCCACCUUAUCAAGGGCUCCGCUGUGACACCUGCAGGGACAGUUUUUACCUGAAUCACACUUCUGGGCUUUGUCUGCCGUGUGACUGUAGUCCACAUGGAGCCCUCAGCGUGCUCUGCAGCAGUUCUGGGAAAUGCCAGUGCAAAGUGGGUGUCACCGGCUCUACAUGUGAUCGAUGCCAAGAUGGAUAUUAUGACUUUAGUAAGAGUGGCUGCUUGCCCUGCCGAUGUAAUAAUCGGUCUGCCAGUUGUGAUGCCCUCACAGGUGCUUGUUUAAACUGCCAGGAAAAUAGCAAAGGGAAUCACUGUGAAGAAUGCAAAGAAGGAUUUUAUCAGAGUCCUGGUGCCACGAAAGAAUGUCUUCGCUGCCCUUGUUCAGCUGUGACAUCGACGGGCAGCUUCUCUUUAAAAUUGGGUGAAUUGGAACCUAGGUGUGUCCAGUGUAAAGAGGGUUACACGGGCCGGAACUGCAACACGUGUGAAAACGGCUAUUACAAUUCUGACAGCAUCUGCACCAAGUGCCAAUGCCAUGGCCACGUGGACCCAAUUACAGCUCCAAAGAUCUGCAAGCCCGAGAGCGGUGAAUGCAUCAGCUGCCUGCAUAACACCACUGGGUUUUGGUGUGAGAACUGCCUAGAAGGCUUUGCCCGAGACCUCGAGGGAAAUUGCAUCAAGAAAGAAGUUAUUGUUCCAACACCUGAAGGUUCUACCAUUUUGGUUUCCAAUGCCUCUUUGACCACAUCAGUGCCCACCCCUGUUAUAAAUAAUACAUUUACCCCCACAAUCCUGCAGACUAUCUUUUCAGUAAGCUCUGCUGAAAACAGCACAUCAGCAUUAGCUGAUGUUUCAUGGACCCAGUUUAACAUCAUCAUUUUGACAGUCAUCAUCAUUGUGGUGGUGCUGCUGAUGGGAUUUGUGGGGGCUGUCUAUAUGUACCGGGAGUACCAAAACCGGAAACUCAAUGCUCCCUUUUGGACCAUCGAGCUGAAAGAAGACAAUAUCAGUUUCAGCAGCUACCAUGACAGCAUUCCCAAUGCAGAUGUGUCAGGACUCUUGGAAGAUGAUGGUAAUGAAGUAGCUCCCAACGGGCAACUGACCCUGACGACACCCAUACAUAACUACAAAGCCUAAGGAGCUAGAACCGUUGUCUGGAUUGUUAGACCACAGUGCUCACUAAGACCACAUCAGCUCCUGGGCCAGAUGAGGCCUGGGUAGAGUUUGCUGAGAACGCAAAGGCGUAGAGUGCAUCUGAAAUUUUUAGGUACAAAUUUGUAAUGCACUUAGCCCAUUACUCUUAGUUUCCCCCAUGAAGAUCUGAAGCAGUCGCUGUCAAUAAGGACUUGUGGUAAAGUAUAUUUUUGUACCAAACUACAUGGGAGUAUAGAAAGGCUGAACCCUGCAGUGCAGCCCACAUCUACUCUGACCUCCGAACAGACUCCUGGGGAAGUGUUCACCAAACCAGCGGAAACAAGAUGGAAGUGGAGGGGGACGGACUGCUGGAAGACUUUUCAUCUCCAUUCCUGAGACACCUUGUUUAAAAGGAGAGUCAGGGAUGAUAUUCCUUUUACUGUGCUAAAAGGCAUCACUGAAGAAAGCUUAAUGUCUGGGCUGUAUCACAAUAAACAAUCUCGACUGUUUUAAAAAAGGGGCAGAAAAGUCUCAAGAAGAUCUUUAGAAAAGCUUGAUUUUUCCUUCCCAAAUUCUUGCUCAAUGAUAGGAUCAAAGCACAGAAUAAGCUUCUAAUGGUAGAAAGAGGAAGGCAACAUCUGGGAGUAGGAAGCUGAUGGUCCUCCUUAGGGUCUCAGUGUAAAUGGUACAUUGUCUAAAAAUAAGGUCUCUUCCUGCCUCUAGAGAAAUAAGGUGUAUAUAGUUAAUGUAGCAUAUCUGGUCAACAUUGUAUUUGUAUCUAUUUGUAAAAAAAAUCAUGUCAUAUUUUAUCAUCUAGAA